CCCACUAUAAAUUCUCAUCUCCCCAUUACCAAGCUAGUGGAAUGAGAUGAUACCAAGACUCGUACGAACCGCCAUGCCAAGUGCUACUCUGUUCUCUUCAUCUGUUUCUCUCAAAAACCCUUCCUUGCAUUUAGCCUCCUCCUCCUCUACUCUGUUCAAUGGACGCCUUCUCAGGAAUCACCUUCCUUGUCCCCUUCGCUCCCCAGCCGUUUCUCUUCGAUGCUGCGCAUCUUCUUCUUCUUUUGAUCGAGUUCGCGUCUUGAAUCCUGUAGUCGAAAUGGACGGUAAGAUAUCAUGUUUCUGCCCUAUCAAUCCGUUCUUAUCAAGCUUGACCCUUUUUUUUCCUUUUCUUCUUUUCCCCCCUUCUUUUUGCUUCUUACAAUUAGGUGAUGAAAUGACGAGGAUCAUAUGGACAAUGAUAAAAGAGAAACUUAUCUUCCCGUUCCUGGAUUUGGAUAUAAAAUAUUAUGACUUGGGAAUAUUGAAUCGAGAUGCCACCGAUGACAGGGUUACUAUAGAGAGUGCAGAAGCCACUCUUAAGUACAAUGUUGCCGUAAAAUGUGCUACGAUCACUCCAGAUGAGGCCAGAGUCAAAGAGUUUGGACUUAAAUCUAUGUGGAGAAGUCCCAAUGGCACAAUUAGGAACAUUCUUAAUGGCACUGUUUUCCGAGAACCUAUCUUAUGUCAAAACAUCCCAAGAAUUGUUCCUGGUUGGAAGAAGCCCAUAUGUAUUGGUAGGCAUGCUUUUGGUGACCAAUACCGUGCCACUGAUACUGUCAUCCCAGGGCCUGGAAAGCUUAAAAUGGUGUUCAUUCCAGAAAAUGGGGAGGCACCAAGAGAGCUCGAGGUUUAUGACUUCAAAGGACCAGGCAUUGCACUUACAAUGUAUAAUGUUGACGAGUCCAUUCAAGCAUUUGCAGAGUCCUCAAUGUCACUGGCAUUUGAGAAGAAGUGGCCCCUGUAUUUGAGCACUAAAAAUACAAUUCUCAAGAAAUAUGAUGGCAGAUUUAAGGAUAUAUUUCAAAAAGUGUAUGAGGAAAAGUGGAAGCAGAAGUUUGAAGAAAAUUCAAUAUGGUACGAACAUCGGCUUAUUGAUGACAUGGUAGCAUAUGCUGUAAAAAGUGAAGGUGGAUACGUUUGGGCUUGCAAGAAUUAUGAUGGGGACGUUCAGAGUGAUUUACUUGCACAGGGCUUUGGUUCUUUGGGGCUAAUGACUUCUGUGUUGUUGUCAUCUGAUGGGAAGACGUUGGAAGCUGAGGCAGCUCAUGGCACUGUAACACGGCAUUACCGAUUACAUCAAAAGGGACAAGAAACCAGUACAAAUAGUAUUGCUUCUAUUUUUGCAUGGACGCGGGGCCUUGAGCAUAGGGCCAAAUUAGAUAAAAACGAGAGGCUACUGGAUUUUGUUCAGAAGUUGGAAGCUUCAUGCAUUGAAACGGUGGAAUCCGGGAAAAUGACAAAGGAUCUUGCCCUGCUGAUACACGGACCGAAGGUAUCAAGGGAGUUUUACUUGAACACCGAGGAAUUUAUUGAUGCCGUAGCACACAAUCUGCUGGCGAAACUCCAACGAUCGCCUGUAACGGUUAACUAAAUGACUUCGUUAUUAAAGAUGGAGAUUUGGUUUUCAGGUCUUUUUCCCAUUUGUUUGUCCACAUGCCUGGGCCGUUUAUUUCGUAGGAAUGCUAGAUAUCGCGAGGUGAGUAUCUACUAACUAGAUUCUCACAUCGUCUUAUAAGAAUAUGAGAUACCUGGGAAUCUGAUGUCUAUAAACAAGGCAUUUGAUUCGUGCUCGAUUUUGAAUCAAGAAUUCUAUAAAUCACAUUUUUGGUGGGAUUUCUUUUUCUGGAAUACUUUCUUUCAUCAAUUUUGGUCAUGCCGACUCUCAUUUCUAUACCUGAAAAUAAUUAGAAGGAAAUUGAUGUAAUGUUUUAACAGUUACAUUGCUUGAUGCAAUUUGCUUAUAUUUAUAUGUGAAAACUAAAUAGAAUAAAAUUGAUGAGGUUGUAUAAC